AUGGAGCAACAUUUACAUAAUUUAAUAACUGGAGCUAUAUCUGGUGUUAUUGUUGAUAUGGUGUUAUAUCCAAUUGAUAACUUAAAAACAAAAGUUCAGGCCAAAUUACCCUUUACAAUUUUUGAAACAAAAAAUUUGUAUAAUGGGAUUUUACCAACUCUAAUAGGUACUGCCCCUGCUAGCGCAUUUUUUUAUUGUUUUUAUGAACUGUCCAAAAAAUUAUUAACAGAAAAGAAUGAAAAUAUUAGCAAAAGUAAAUUGUAUUUAAUUUCAACAACAAUAGCGGAAAUUGCAUCUUGUGCAGUAAGGCUACCAUUUGAGAUAGUGAAACAGAAAAUGCAAAUUUCUACUAAUAGAUCUAUGAUAAAUACAAUAUAUGAUAUUUCAAAAACGGAAGGAUUGUUUAAAUUUUUGUUUAAAAGUUAUUUAAUUAUGAUAGUAAGAGAAAUUCCCUUCGACUAUAUUCAAUACUUUCUGUGGGAAACAUUUAAGGAGAAGGCAAAAAAAGACUUUAGCAAUAUUUCUGAAAAGUACCCCACUAUAACGUCUUCCGUGUGUGGCGGAAUGGCAGGAGGAAUAUCUGGAUUUUUAACUACUCCCAUUGAUGUUAUAAAAACGAGGCAGAUAAUAUUUGGGAAGAACUAUGGAGAGACUAUUAAAGAUAUAGCGAAGGACGGAUAUCUAUCAUUUUAUAAAGGGUGCUAUUUUAGAUCCUGUUAUUUAUUUUUUGGCGGUUUUAUAUUUUUUGGGGCCCUAAGAUUUUUUUCUUUCAGAGAAGACAAGGGUUGA